AUGAAUGUUAGAGAUUAUGGCAUGGAUUAUGCUAACAAUUUGGUUGCUAUUGAUAACACUAUUUCAAAAAUGUCGAGUAUCGAUAUAAGUUGCAAAACAAAAAUAUGUUCGAAUAGAAAUACGAAGAAAUUAUCUUUGAAGCUUAACAAUAAUGACAAACUCAAAGAUAAUCUUACAUACGAUAAAUUGGACAAUGCACCAUCGUUAAGUGAUUUAAAAUCACAUAAUUCCGAUACACACAUCUACACACUGCCAAAGAAGAAAUUACCUAAUGUUAUUAUUAAAAAAUCUAAAUCCACUAAUUCUAGUCCCGUUGAACCUUCAAUUGCAUCUAAGAUGCGUGAUAUAAAGAGGAACCAGACGUUACCAGUAUCCAUAAAUACUACAAAUGUAAAUACUAUCAACAAGGAUGGAACAGAAUUUAUCAACACAUAUAGUAAUAUGAGAUUACAAACGUUGACCCCAACUUCAUCAUUACCACAAUCCGAAACUGAAAGUCACUUUUUACCGUUCGAUAAACAAUUUUUACCCAUUACUGCUUUGAACAAUAUAGAUAAUACUGGAUACUCAAAAGAAGUCCACGAAGAAUUUGCAUACCCACAUGGCCCAAUGCUAGUCAUUGAACCGUAUAUUUACUUGUAUUCAGAACCUUCACUAACUGAAAUAUGUGAUUUUGACAUUGUAAUAAACGUGGCCAAAGAGAUACCAAAUCUCGGCCCAUUAAUACCAAAUAACUUAAAACUUGAUUAUUAUCAUAUUCCAUGGACACACAACUCAAAAAUAUUCUUAGAAUUAAAGCAUGUCACCGAUAUCAUGCAUUCUGGUGUAAUAGCCAAGAAAAAAAUACUUAUACAUUGUCAAUGUGGUAUAUCAAGAUCAGCGUCAUUGAUCGUAGCAUAUAUAAUGAGGUAUAGUAAGUUAUCAUUGAAUGAUGCAUAUGAUAAAUUAAAAAAUAUCGUAACGUUAAUAAGUCCUAACAUGAGUUUAAUUUUUCAACUAAUGGAAUGGAAUGACUUUUUAAAAAACGAGAAAUCAUCAUCAAACGAUAUAAAACAACCACAAGAACAAGAUGAAAUUGACCACCGUCAAAAUACAACUAACGAUAUUUCAUUAAUACAAACACAUCCUGAACUUCUCAAUACUUAA